AUGGAGCUUUUCGAGACCAACUCUUACUUCUUCCCUGACCAGCGUUUCUAUGAAGGAGGGGACAGCUACUUUCCCUCUCGCUUGCCAGGGGCGUACGACCAAACCGGCUACCAGGACAGGAACUCCAUGAUGGGCUUGUGCGGGAGUCUGUCUGGGGGUGUCGGAGUCGGGGUGACGGCUACAGAGGACAAACCCUCUCCGUCCAGCCUGUCGCCUCACUCUGAGCCCCACUGUCCCGGCCAGUGCCUGCCCUGGGCCUGCAAGCUGUGUAAAAGGAAGACGGUGACCAUGGACCGGCGGAAGGCAGCCACACUGAGGGAGAAGAGGCGCCUGAAGAAGGUGAACGAGGCCUUCGAUGCUCUGAAGAGGAGCACCCUGAUGAACCCCAACCAACGGCUGCCCAAGGUGGAGAUCUUGCGGAGCGCCAUCCAGUACAUCGAGAGGCUGCAGGCCCUGGUGUCCUCCCUCAAUCAGCAGGACACUGAGACGGGACAGCAGGGAUUGCACUACCGACCGAGCCAGACCCAGCCCAGAGUGUCGUCGUCAAGCGAGCCCAGUUCGGGCAGCACCUGCUGCAGCAGCCCAGAGUGGAGCAGCACUCCAGAGCAGUGCACGCAGAGCUACAGCAGCGAGGAUCUCCUGAGUGCUGCCGACUCUCCAGAGCAGGGGAACAUGCGGGCUUUGACCUCCAUCGUGGACGGCAUCUCUGCAGCUGACGGACCUGUGGCCUUUCCUGUGGACAUUCCCAAAUAGACCCUCAACCUAGCGGACCCAUGGGUGCACAGAGAGCCACAAACACAAAGUGACAAUUGGCAAACAGAGGAACCAAUCCCAAAUGAUGAUUUUUGUUUAUUUUGUGCGUCUACUGAUCUGUACUGUCUUAUGAUAAAUUGUAAAAUUUGUGAUUGAUCAGUAUUGUAACUCUGCUCAUCAAUGGGUCCACUAGUCAACUGAAUUCCUCCUGUUCACAAUGAGGCCUUAUUCCCAUUAUUUCCUGCCUUAUCCCGCGGUCCAGACCUGUCUGUCAGAGCCACAGGAGCUCAGACUAACUAGAGAUUCGAGGACUUUGCUGCAUGAACCCAACACCUAGUUACUAGAAUGGAUCUCUGUUAGCUUUGCUUCCAGACUGACAGAGCCACAGAGGAAUGACAAAGCCUGGUUUUUCUCCUUACUUAAAGUUUUCCUCUUUUCAAAACCUUUCCCUGAUCUUUCAUUCUUUUCGUGUGAGUUUUUAAUGCUUAAAAAACAUAAGUUCUUUUGUGGGGCCAAUAUGUACCAUGGCAGUUUUGACCAAGAUCUGCUUAAUUUAAACUCGUUAUGAAUGCUAGUGAUGUAAAUACGUUCCCUUUUUCUACAGAGUGGUUUUGCAAUUUUAUUUUUUAUUUUUUGCUAACUUAUUUUGGACUUUUAUAACUAAGAUUGUUGUGUAUUUGUAGAUGUUCUGAAAAGUGAUAUUUUCUGUAUAAUUCUCGCAAUAAAGACCAUUUUCAAUA